GCAUGGAUCGAAUGGAACCCUCUCUUUCUCUAUAAAAUACAAGCUUGCCUCCUUCCCUUCUUCUCUCUAAACAGUCAGUUCACUCUUUCUUCAACAGCCUCUCUUAAAUUCCCUACUUUCUUUCCUGUUUAUUUCAACCCACAUCCACUCUGAGCUUGUUUCUUAACAAUGGCAAGAUUUUCUAUGCCCUUACUGGGUUUGCUACUCAUGUGCUGCUUAUCAGCUCUAACAGAAGCCAAGUCUGCCAAAUACAAAGACCCAAAACAGCCAUUGAAUGUUCGAAUCAGAGACCUCAUGAAGCGGAUGACCCUGGCAGAGAAGAUCGGCCAAAUGGUCCAGAUCGAGCGCGAGGUUGCUACCCCUGAUGUCAUGACCAAGUACUUCAUAGGAAGUGUGCUCAGUGGUGGUGGGAGUGUGCCGGCUCCAAAAGCAUCAGCUGAGACAUGGGUCAGUCUUGUCAAUGGAAUCCAAAAGGGAUCUCUUUCGACCCGUCUCGGGAUUCCUAUGAUUUAUGGGAUUGAUGCUGUCCAUGGCCACAACAAUGUCUACAAAGCUACCAUUUUCCCUCACAAUGUCGGAUUAGGAGCCACCAGAGAUCCUGCUCUUGUCAAGAGAAUAGGAGAGGCGACUGCCCUUGAAGUCAGGGCAACAGGAAUUCCAUAUGUCUUUGCCCCGUGUAUCGCGGUUUGCAGGGAUCCAAGAUGGGGCAGGUGCUACGAAAGCUACAGUGAGGAUCAUAAGAUUGUCCAAGCAAUGACUGAGAUCAUCCCUGGUCUGCAAGGUGAUAUGCCUCAAGGUUUCCAAAAGGGAGCGCCUUAUGUUGGUGGAAAGGGAAAGGUUGCAGCCUGUGCUAAGCAUUAUGUAGGAGAUGGUGGCACAACCAGGGGCAUCAAUGAGAACAACACUGUAAUUGAUUGGAAUGGACUGCUUGGCAUUCAUAUGCCUGCAUACCUCAAUUCCAUCCUUAAGGGUGUCGCAACAGUUAUGGUCUCUUACUCGAGUUGGAAUGGGAAGAAAAUGCAUGCUAAUCAAGAUCUUGUAGCAGGAUUUCUCAAGAAGAAGCUCCGUUUCAGGGGGUUUGUCAUUUCAGAUUGGGAAGGCAUUGACAGGAUUACAUCUCCUCCCAAGGCUAACUAUUCGUAUUCAGUUCAAGCAGGAGUUAGUGCUGGAAUAGACAUGAUCAUGGUCCCCUACAACUUUACCGAGUUCAUUGACGAUUUGACAUAUCAAGUAAAAAACAAUAUCAUCCCCAUGAGCAGGAUUGAUGAUGCUGUGAAGAGAAUUUUAAGGGUUAAAUUUGUCAUGGGUCUUUUUGAAAAUCCCUUGGCUGACCUCAGCUUAGCCGAUCAGCUGGGAAACAAGGAACAUAGAGAAUUGGCAAGGGAAGCUGUAAGAAAAUCACUUGUUCUACUAAAGAAUGGAAAAUCUCCAAAGAAGCCACUGCUUCCUCUAUCCAAGAAAGCAGGGAAGAUACUAAUAGCAGGAAGCCAUGCAGACAACUUGGGCUUUCAAUGUGGAGGCUGGACAAUCACAUGGCAAGGACUCGGUGGCAAUGAUAAUACAGUUGGUACCACAAUCCUCAAUGCGGUGAAAACUACAGUUGAUCCUGCAACUCAAGUCGUCUACAAUGAGAACCCUGAUGCGAACUUUGUGAAGUCCAACAAAUUCUCCUAUGCUGUUGUUAUUGUGGGUGAACCCCCAUAUGCUGAAACCUUUGGAGAUAGCUUGAAUCUGACCAUUUCUGAAGCUGGACUGAGCACAAUCAACAAUGUUUGCGGAGCUGUGAAAUGUGUUGUAGUUGUUGUUUCUGGCCGCCCUGUUGUGGUCCAACCCUACCUCGCUAAAAUUGACGCGCUUGUUGCAGCUUGGCUUCCAGGAACUGAAGGUCAAGGUGUUGCUGAUGUUUUGUUUGGUGACUAUGGAUUUACCGGCAAGCUGGCACGUACAUGGUUCAAAUCAGUAGACCAGCUCCCAAUGAAUGUGGGUGAUGCACAUUACGACCCUCUAUUUCCGUUUGGAUUUGGUCUAACUACUAAGCCAACCAAGAAGUACUAGAGCACAACAUAAAU